AUUUUCUAUUUGUUUUUUUUUUCUUUUCUUUUUAUAUUUUCUUUCACUUAUCCCAUUAUAUCAUAGUAUUUCUCAGUCGGUUUCUGUUCUCUUCUCCAUUCUCUCUGUAUAUUUUUUGCCUCCACCGACUGCUAGUUUUCGCUAGCUUCACCAAACUCAAGCCAUAAAACUUUGGUUUUGGUCAAAGUCCACCCACAACAUGUUUUUUAGCAGCAGACGAGGUGACAUUGUUGGUCAUGGUAACACAGACAUAGCUGAGUGGGAAUUAAGACCAGGAGGUAUGGUGGUGCAGAAACGUAACUCAGAUGUGAAUCAAAAUUUCACAUCUAAAUCCACCAUCAAAGUCAGAGUGAAAUAUGGAUCAUCCUAUCACCAUAUUCAAAUCAGCUCUCAUGCAAGCUUUGGAGAAUUGAAGAAAAUAUUAACAGAACCUACUGGACUGCAUGUUCAGGAUCAGAAGUUGAUUUACAAGAACAAGGAGAGAGAUUCAAAGUCAUAUCUUGAUGUUGAGAGAGUCAAAGAUGGGUCAAAGUUGGUGCUUCUUGUGGACGUUGAGAGCAGAGAAAGAAGGAUUCUUGAGAAGUUAAAAGUUAUAAAGAAGGAAAAGACUUCAAAAUCUUUGACAGAAAUAAAGUUGGAGGUUGACAAACUAUGCAAGAAGGUUGCAGCUUUGGAGGCUGAUGAUUCCAGAGGUGGGAUUAUAACAGAGUUAGAUGUGGAGACUUUGACUGAAAAUUUGAUGAGAACAUUGAUUGCAUUGGAUGAAAUUUAUGGUGAAGAUGAGCUGAAGCUGCAGAGAAGAGAAUUGGUUAGGAGAGUUCAGAAACACAUUGAGACUCUAGAUAUGCUGAGGAUGACAAGGCAAAAUUCAAUUAGCCUUAAAAAGGAUGAAAAGAAGAACAAUGUGCAUUAUGGUGUUGAGUUUCAGAAGAGGCAGGGAAAUCCUAAGCAGCAGCAACCAAUGCAACAUUCUGACUCUGUUGUGGUGACCACAAAAUGGGAAACUUUUGAUUAAGGCUUUUGGAUUUAUAACCAUAAUGUAUCAGUGACUCAUCAUGUGAUUGAAAAUUGCUUUUCUCUAAAAGAAAUGACACUUUUCUGCUAUUUUUAAUAGUAUUAUUUAAAUUAAUUAAUUUAUCUCA